CCGCGCGGCCAGGCCCCGGCCAGCCUCUCUCUCUCCCCCCUGUCUCUCUCUCUUUCCUCUCUUUCUGUUAAGUUUUUUAACUCUCCGGUAACUCUCCGGUUAACCGUCACUUUAACCCCCCCCCCCGCCCACCCACUUACGGAAGAACCGGACCAGGGACCGGCACUGGGUCAGAAUCACAGCCGGACAUAGAGUCUGGUUUUCGGCCGUGAUACUCCGCCCCGCCGCGGCCUCUCUCUUCUGCUCCGGAGUGACGUCAUCCCAGGGAAACUUACAACGCGGACAAACUUAGUGCAGUGGGCGGGGCCUAAAGAUGGCGGGAGCCUCGGUGAAGGUGGCGGUUCGAGUCCGGCCGUUCAAUUCCCGAGAGACCGGACGCAACGCCAAGUGUGUGAUCCAGAUGCAGGGAAACACCACCUGCAUCACAAACCCCAAGCAGCCCAAAGACGGAGCCAAAAACUUCAGCUUCGAUUAUUCCUACUGGUCCCACACCGCGGCGGAGGACCCGGGGUUUGCGUGUCAGCGCCAGGUCUACAAAGACAUCGGAGAGGAGAUGCUGCUGCACGCCUUCGAGGGGUACAAUGUGUGUAUCUUUGCGUACGGCCAGACCGGAGGAGGGAAGAGCUACACCAUGAUGGGGAAACAGGAGCCGGGCCAGGAGGGCAUCAUACCUCAGCUGUGUGAGGAUCUGUUUCAGAGAACCGGACAGAACGUGGAUCCUGACCUGAACUACUCUGUGGAGGUCUCGUACAUGGAGAUUUACUGCGAGCGGGUCCGGGACCUCCUGAACCCAAAGUCCUCCGGGACUCUGAGGGUCCGAGAGCACCCGAUCCUCGGACCCUACGUGGAGGAUCUCUCCAAACUUGCCGUCACCGGGUUCUCCGACAUCCGGGACCUGAUGGACGCCGGCAACAAGGCGCGGACGGUGGCGGCGACCAACAUGAACGAGACCUCCUCCCGAUCCCACGCCGUCUUCACCAUCGUCUUCACUCAGAGACGGAGGGACCAGAUGACCAGCCUCGACACAGAGAAGGUGAGUAAGAUCAGUCUGGUGGAUCUGGCAGGAAGUGAACGCGCCGACUCUUCGGGGGCAAAGGGAACCCGGCUAAAGGAAGGAGCCAACAUUAAUAAAUCCCUCACCACGCUGGGGAAGGUCAUAUCCGCUCUGGCUGAGAUGUUCCUUUCUUCCACCCUUUCUGUGCAGCAGAGCAACAAGAAGAGGAGGAGUGACUUCAUCCCCUACAGAGACUCCGUGCUCACCUGGCUGCUGAAGGAGAACCUGGGAGGAAACUCCCGCACCGCGAUGAUCGCCGCUCUGAGUCCGGCAGACAUCAACUACGAGGAGACGCUCAGCACGCUGCGGUACGCAGACCGGGCCAAACAGAUCCGCUGCAACGCCAUCAUCAACGAGGACCCCAACGCCCGGCUGAUCCGGGAGCUCAAGGACGAGGUGGAGCGGCUCCGGAGCCUGCUGUUCAGCCAGGGCCUGCAGGAGCUGCUGCAGAACACAAUGAACAACAACAGCAGCAGCCCCCCCGCUGUGUCAGGCGCCCCCCCCUCCUCGCUGCAGCAGCUGGCUCUGACAGCCAAUGGGAUCGCUGAGAAGGAUAGCUCUGCCCCCUCAGAGGCGGAGUCUUCGGCGGACGAGCCCCCCGACCCCGACCAGCUGAUGGAGGACGAGGAGGAGCCAAUCAGCAAAGAGGAGGCGGCGGAGCGGCUGCUGGAGACGGAGAAGAUCAUCGCCGAGCUCAACGAGACGUGGGAGGAGAAGCUGAGGAAGACCGAGUCCAUCCGUCUGGAGAGAGAGUCGAUCCUGGCGGAGAUGGGCGUCUCCAUUAAAGAGGACGGGGGCACGCUGGGGGUCUUCUCCCCUAAAGGAACGCCUCACCUGGUGAACCUGAACGAGGACCCUCUGAUGUCCGAGUGUCUGCUGUACUACAUCAAGGAGGGCUUCACCAGGGUGGGUCAGCAGGACGUGGACAUCAAGCUGUCGGGACAUUUCAUUAAAGAGAUCCACUGUGUGUUCGUGAGUGAGACCAACGAGCAGGGGGAAGUGGUAGUGACUCUGGAGCCGUUAAUCGGAGCGGAGACGUACGUUAACGGGAAGCAGAUCGAGGAUGCCGUCGUUUUAAAACAAGGGCACCGGAUCGUGAUGGGGAAGAACCACGUCUUUCGGUUCAACCACCCGGAGCAGGCCCGUCUGGAGCGGGAGCGUAGCGCCAAGCCCGACCUGCAGGGAGAGCCGGAGGACUGGAACUACGCCCAGAGGGAGCUGCUGGAGAAGCAGGGCAUCGACAUCAAGCUGGAGAUGGAGAAGAGGCUGCAGGAUAUGGAGGUUCAGUACCGUAGAGAGAAAGAGGAGGCCGACCUGCUGCUGGAGCAACACAGACUGUACGCAGACAGUGACAGUGGAGACGACUCUGACAAACGAUCGUGUGAAGAAAGCUGGAGACUCAUCAGCUCUCUGAGAGAGAAGCUACCUGCUAACAAGGUUCAGUCCAUAGUAAAGCGCUGUGGCCUCCCCAGCAGUGGUAAGCGCCGGGAGCCCCUCAGGGUUUACCAGAUCCCCCAGAGGAGGAGGAUCAGCAAAGACCCCAAACGGGUCACUAUGGAGGACCUGAGGAUGCAGGCAGUGAAGGAGAUCUGCUACGAGGUGGCGCUGGGGGACUUCCGUCACUCGCGGCAGGAGAUCGAGGCGCUGUCCAUCGUGAAGAUGAAGGAGCUGAGCCGCAUGUACUCGAAGAAGGACCCCAACGAGAGGGAGAGCUGGAGGUUCGUAUCCCAGGACGUCUGCGACACUGUGGGCAUCGGAGAGGAGAGGAGCCCCCCCACUGAGGAGGGGGGAGGAGCAGGGGAGACGGGGGAGGGAGGGGAGGGAGGGGAGAAGAAGAACAACAUGUACGACCUGAAGGCGCACAUCGACAAACUCACCGACAUCCUGGAGGAAGUGAAGCUGCAGAACAACAUGAAGGACGAGGAGAUCCGGGCUCUGAGGGACCGGAUGAUAAAGAUGGAGUCCAUCAUCCCUGUGGAAGGGGAGGAAGAGGAGGGGGGAGGGUCUCCUUUCAGGGGGGAGGAAGAGGGGGAGGAGGAGGAGGAGGAGGAGGAGGAGGAGGGAGAGGCCCGGGGGGAGGGAGACCCUCCUCCUAAGAAACCGGAGGUCCGGGUGAAGCGUCUGAUGGACGAGGACCCGGCCUUCAGGAGAGGGCGCCUCCGCUGGCUGAAGCAGGAACAGCAGCGCAUCCUGAACCUGCAGCAGCAGAACAUCCGGGGAAAGCUCCGGAACCAGAACCAGAGUCCAGGUCAGCCCUCCCCCAUGGUCCCGGUCCACCUCCCUGGUACUGGGCGCUUCAUCCCUCCCCAAGAGUGCAAGCUGAAGUUCCCCUUCAAGAGUAACCCCGCCCACCGGUUGUCAUGGGGACCGGCCACCGCUGCCCUACAGGCGCUGGGACUUGGAGAGGGAGGGGGAGGAGAUGGUGGGGAGGAAGGGGGAGGAGUGGGGGAGGGUAAAGCAUCGCCCUCAGCCCCCCUUCCCCCCCCCCAUCAGGGUCUUUUGCCCCUCCCCUUCCUGCAGGCUCCGCCCCCUCCUCGCAUGCGAAGCCCCAGCCCUCACCGCAACUGGCAACAACAACAGCGUAACCACGGCAAUCAGGGCGGCUUCUUCAACAACCAGCACGGUAACCAGGCUAACCAGCAUAGCAACCAGCAGCAGAACCGCCGUUACCGACGCAACUCGUUCGAUGGCUCCGCCCACCACGGCAACAGUAACUAUGAUAACGAUCACCAGGGGCGACCGAGGCAGAGGAGGGGGGCAUCGCCCGGCCCGAGAGGAGGAGGGGGAGGAGGAGAGGGGGGGGGGUUCCCUUACAACCAUCCCCCCCACCAUCAGUUCCACCCCCACCCGUACUACAACCCCCACAAUGCACCAUUCCAGCCCGCUCCAGGGGGUCUGCCGCCACCGCCACCGCACCACUACCACAGUCUGCCACGCCCCGGGGCCCCCCCCCCUGACGUGAUGCUGAUGGGUGCUGGGCCUCCAGUGGGGGGGUGGGGCUUCAACACGCCGCCCCGGAUGAGGAGGCAGUUCAGCGCACCGGACCUCAAAAACAGCAAGGACAUGUGACCGCAGCGGGCCUCUGAUUGGCUGCUGUGAUCAAGGACAUGACCAUGUGACCGCAGCGGGUCUCUGAUUGGCUGCCGCGUGUGCGUUUAAGCACCUUUACAACACUAGAGCAGCCCUCACACACACCCUGUACCUCUACUCCUGCUGUGUGUGUGUGUGUGUGUGUGUGUGUGUGUGUGUGUGUGUGUGUGUGUGUGUGUGUGUGUGUGUGUGUGUGUGUGUGUGUGUGUGUGUGUUUUUCCCAGGGUCUCUUUUCUUGUUAUAAACUGACAUGCUAAGCUAACUUAGGUCUGGUGAACAUGUGAUCAGCUGUUUUGGCCCCUCAAGAACACGGGACCCUGGGACCAUCGCUCACCCUGCUAGCACGCGUUGGCUCUGUGUUUUGUUGCUGUGUGUAAGGCUGUCGAACAGGAAGGAAGUGUGUCCCGUUAUCAGAUGUUAUUAAUGGCUGCGUUGAUGAUUAGCCGUUUUUGAAACAGUGCUUUGAAGCUGAAGUGUUAGCUUCCGUGGCUAGCCACUGUUAGCAGAAGUCUCCUGAUGUUGUGUGUUUCUACUGAAAGAAGAAGUAUGUUGUUUUGUUUAUCUCUGAGUUAAAUGAGCUCCUCCUUGUUAGCCGAAUUUAGCCCUGGAGGCUAACUAGCUCGAUACAGCCAGAGAGGGUUAGCCUGCUAGCCUGAGCAAUGAGUAGAGCGAAGGGAAAGUAUUAGCUUAGCUUAGCUUAGCUUAGCUUAGUUUAGCCAAAGCAGCAUUUAUGGUGUACGGGGAUUAUUGAGGCUCGUAGUUCUGUUUCUCCCUUGUGUUCCUGAAGUGCUAUCAACCAAAGAGCGCGGUGGACAGACAGACAGGUGUACAGUACAGACAGACAGGUGGAUUUAAUGGAAGGUGUAAGGAAGAAGUGAAGUGGCAUGUUGGAUGAUUUAAAGCGUUGUGUGUAUAUUUGAAGUUUGUUUUUAUAAAGAUGAAUCUAUUUUAAAACGGGCUGUGUCACCUUCACUGUCUGGCAAUCGUGGGAAAUGCAAGCGAUGUGACUUAUUCGACACACGUGGGAGACAUGAUGGAGUGAGGCCCAUGUGAGCAAGGAACUCUGGGAAAUGUAGUAUAAGACAGAAGGAAAAGAGACUUUGUGUCUGAAGUUACAUGUUCUGUGUGAUUUUACAUUUAGAAACGACAAUUCAAAGAGUAAUAAUGUCCAUGAAGGACGAGGAUUAAACGGCUGCUUUCAGGAGACGUUGGGAAGCUGGGAAUCUUUGUCUUUUUCUCCAUUUUACGUUGAAUUGAAUGUCACCUUUUGUCGACAUACGGUCGUACUUUUUACGUCAUUUAUCAAAGAAUAUCCGGCGUUUCUCAAUACCAAGAAUGCAAAGAACGGACUUGUGUACUUGGGGAGAACGUUCUUGCGAGUUGUUCUUGGAAGAAUGAACUUUUUGAGACGAUGUGCACUUGCUGGUAUUGCGCAAUACACAAUUGUGGAGCUUCUAAACUCCGAAAACGUUUAAGCAGAGAAAGGCCCAUAGUUUGAAUUGUCAGGGAAUAGCAGAAAACGCUCGUUACAGUUACUUUAAAGCGUUCUGGCUAUAAAAACAAAGAACUACAGAGUGAAGUUGAAUAACAUUGUUAAAAUUACGCGGUUUUUUUUAGGGUUUUACAAUUAAAUUGGCAAUAAAAGUGCUGAAGUGCGCUUGGGUUUAACGAAGUAACCCUCGCAGUACGUGUAUCCUAAAUGUACGAAAUGUUUUAGGCAGGUGUGUCUCAUGUAGAUGUACCAUAAAGUCUCUUGGGACCUCUGAACCCAACAGGAAGUCGGACAUUUGGAAUUCAGUUUGAGAUUAUCUUUUUGUGGCAAAAAAAGUUUGAAGUGAUAUUUCCAACUUCCCAAAUGUCCCUGAACGCAGCCUCAGGGUUUUUUGUUUUUUUUUACCUGCCAUGAAUGAUGACGCGUUUACUGUCAGCUGGGAGUUUUCGGUACUGCCUGAACCCCGCCCCACACAGAGCAAUGUGUUGUGGGAGAGAUGACGAGGGGGGCUCGUGCGCUCCGUGACUUUCUUUAUUUUUAACAAGGUGAUGACAAAAACACAGGAAGUGAUUGUGAUUGGCUGGAGAAGCAUGUCUCCGGAAUCGACCAAUCACAGGACAAUCUCGAUUAUUAUCUGCCGCCACCGCCGGGCAUGAUGGGAGAUUUCCUUUUUAUGAUUUAGCUUUUUUUUAUUUCCAGCGUGGGCUUUUCUGAUUGGCUGUUUUCUUUGUUUACUCAUUUACUUCCUGUAUUUUAACUCCGCCUACAUGUGCUAUGUGACGUCACUAUUAUAAUUAUAACUGUCAUUGAGUAUAAAAACGUGUCUUUAAUAUCGGGUUCUGCUGCUGCUAAAGGGAUCUUCUUCGCCCUCAUGCAAGUGUGUGUGUGUGUGUGUGUGUUGGAUGUCUACGUGUGUUUCCGGGUUAAUUUAGGAUUAUAAUCUGAAGUGUGCGUCACGGUAUAAAUCUGAUUUGUUGUUUUUCUUCUUGAAUCUUCCGUUUAGUUUUUAUUAUUUUCGGGCGUUUUGAGAGGAGGAGGAGGAGGAGGAGGAGUAGGGGGCCUUAUCCAAUCACAACCUCAGAAUCCUUCUAGACUCGAUGACAUCAUGGUCUAGCCCUCCUCCCAUUGACUGAGUUAGUUUUUCUGUCGUUGUCAGGAUCAAUCUCAGGCUCGACCUGCAGAAACACGGCGGCAAUAAACUGUCAGCGAAACACUAAA